AUGUCAAAAUAUAAUAUAAUAUGCAAUCAAUAUAAAAAUUAUAUUGGUAAAAACUCAAUUGAUCAUUUAAAGCAACUAGUUGAGAUCAAUAAAGUAAACAAUACAUCGAUACCAUGCAUAUUGCUUGGCGGGACACAAUUAACUGGGAAAUCAACAUUAGGUAAAAACCUUGCAAAACAUUAUGGUGGGGGUCACUUUUAUUCAGUGGGUGGAUUUUUUAGAGAAGCUGCCCAAUCAAUAGGACUCACUAUUGCAGAGCAAUCAAGAUUACUUAGAAUAGUCCAAGAAAAUUUAGAUCAAAACUCUGUAGACGAUGCAUUAAAACGUUUGGGUGGAAGAAGAAUGGAUAUCGAAAUGGAUUAUAAAACAUGUGAAAUUAUUGCUGGAGGUGAUAAAAAUAGCCAACAAUUAUAUAAAUAUUUAGUGAUCGAAGGUAGACAACCUGCAAUUAUGGGAACCCUAUUGGAAUCACUAGGCAGAGAAGAUUUAAUUAAAAUAUAUGUUACUUGCAGUGCACGUGAAAGAGCCAUCAGAUUUAUUAGCAGAGAAAUUGGUGAAGAAUAUGCCCAACAAGCCGACAAAUACCUUUCAAACAAUUACAAAUCGGAUGAAUCUCUCUCAAGCUUAACAAAUGAAAUUUCAAAACUACCAAUACCAUCCAUCAAAAGCAUAGCUGAAGCAUUCCAAAAGAACCAAAACAGAGACGAAGAUGAUAGAAAAAGAUAUAUUGAUUUAUAUGGAUUAGAUUAUGAAGAUAUAUCUUAUUAUGAUAUUUGCAUCGAUACUACAGGAAAUACAGCAGAAACCAAUUUUAAAAAGGCUACUGAAUAUAUUGAUAGAUACGAUUUUAAAAAUAGAAUAAAUAAAAAUAAUAUGUAA